CUCAAGACGGCCGGGAUCAUGUGUCGGGAGCCAGCUGGAUCGUGUGAUCUCCCGGAAUAUUGUACGGGCGCUUCACCCUACUGUCCCGCCAAUGUCUACUUGUUGGAUGGCUCCACGUGUUCCCACGGAGAGGAGUAUUGUUACAACGGCAUGUGCAUGACGCACCAUCAACAAUGCAUCCAGCUGAACGGAAUUGUCCAUCAGAAAACAAGUCACGGUCACUCAAAUUCCGCCUUCAUCCUGCAGGAUAUUUCCUCCACUAACAAAGUGAAAUGCAGCGUUACCAGCCAGGUAGCCAGAGGCAUUUCCACAUUGAAGCCCAGCCCUCCUCAAAGGGUCCCCCACCCUAUCAACGUGGUACGACCCUUACGGCCUGGCUGUGCCCCCUCAUCCGCCCUACAGAGAGACCUCAAACCUUCCAGGCCACCGCCCUUCCAUGGAUCGCCUGCUAUGCCUCCAAAAGGCAGCUUUGGGGGUCCCACCAAACUGCCCCCUCCGAAGAAGCCCCUUCCGAGCACCCCCAUCAGGCCCCCUCCGGUCAAUCCUCAGGCCAGACCACCCUACAAACCCCUACCCAAGACCCUUCUGGCGAAGGACGUGGCCUCCUCACCGAGUCCACCCUUGCUGGUGAUGGUCCCACCGACCAGCUCCAAGCCAGCGGGGAUCGGGGCCUCCAACCACCUCUCCAAACCGCUCAAGCCAGUUGCACCUCAAAGACCUCUCCCAGGCUUAAAAGUUCAACCCGCUUUGUUCGCCUUCAAGAAGUGAUCAGGCUUUGGUCAUCCUCGGGCAACGCUGCCUUCUUCGUUUGCACUACUGCGGGUCCAACGCAGGGAUUUUUGUUACGAGAGACAUUUUCAACUUUUUGAGGGUGGGUGGGUGGAUGGAUUUUUUUUUUUUUUGGAAAAAUGGAAACAGGUCCACCCAAAAAGUGAAGAAACAAGAGAGGAGAGCUGUGGUGAGCGGUCCUUUUGUGGGGCUCUCAAGAGUAGGUUGAACCUUGAGACACGUGGCUUCAAAUGAUCCCCAGAAGCUCCGUGAACGUGAAGAUAUCGUGACCUACCUCCGUAUUUUGCACAACUUCAUGAGAUGUUUCUCUCCUGGACCUCCUAGUUCCGAACUGGGUGGACCUGGUCUUAAGUUGGUGUCAGUGAUUUACAGGUGGACACCCCAGUUUUCCAGACGUACGAUGGAGCAAACCGUGAGAUGAAACCAGAUUCUCCAUCUGGACAUUCUUCUAGGACAUUGAGAUGAGUUCUUAACCUCUGAUUUGGAACAUGAGUCAAAUUUAGAUGAUCUGGAAGAAACCAGUUUGGGAGAGAUGAUAUAGAAGUCCAAGGGGGUUGAUGAGCUUUGCUUGAGUCCUUCUUGACACCUGUUUCUUCCGUCUGGAGAAGAAGGCCGUCUCAGAACAUCUCCCAUGAUUCCAGAAAACUGGAAGGGCCUUGGGAAAUGUCCUGAUUUCUUGGAAGGGUGUUGCUGGCCAGAACAGGUGUUCCUUGGGCAGCUUCUUGGUUCCUUGAAGUUGGGAGAUCCAAGAUCUUCAUUGGGUGCAGAAAAAUCUUGCCUUCUUCAACUCUCUUUCCUCCAGUUAUGAUGGAUAGCCAUUUCUAUCCCACACAUCAGUUGGGACAAAGUUUAGGAUGUCUCUCUACAGAGCACGAACGCAAAAAUCCACAACAGUCAAUCCUACUGUAAUCCAUGAGGCUGGCGAUGAAUUAAAAAUAGGAUCAGAGAGAGGAAGUUCUAGCUUUUCUUUGGGACUGGA